AUUAGUCUGAUAAAUGUUACUACAUUAUAUGCUAUUACAGACUACUUUUGACGCACCUGCUGGAGUUGCACCGUUGGCUUUAGACAUGAACAGCAUGGGAAAAGGUCAAGUUUGGUUAAACGGACAGCAUCUUGGACGAUACUGGCCUGCUUAUAAAGCAUCUGGUUCUUGUGAUUAUUGCAAUUAUGCAGGAAUUUAUAAUGAGAAAAAAUGUGGAACUAACUGCGGCGAGGCUUCUCAACGAUGGUAUCAUGUUCCUCAUUCCUGGCUGAAACCAACAGGGAAUUUGUUGGUUAUGUUUGAGGAAUUGGGUGGGGAUCCAAAUGGCGUAGUUUUAGUUAGAAGGGAUAUCAAUAGCGUGUGUGCUGAUAUUUAUGAGUGGCAACCAAAUCUUGUUAGCUAUCAAAUGCAAGCUUCUGGUAAAGUUAAGGUACCAGUGAGUCCGAAAGCACAUUUGUCAUGUGGUCCUGGACAGAAAAUAUCAUCGAUCAAAUUUGCUAGCUUUGGUACACCAGUAGGAUCAUGUGGAAACUACCACGAAGGAAGUUGUCAUGCUCACAAGUCAUAUGAUGCCUUUCAAAAGAAUUGUGUUGGUCAAAGUACAUGCACCGUGACAGUUUCACCUGAAAUUUUCGGAGGUGAUCCAUGUCCAAAUGUCAUGAAGAAACUCGCAGUAGAAGCCAUUUGCACCUGAUCAUUUUCAACCUUAGAAAAUAAACGGAACAAAGAUCACAUAAUAUAUUUUUCUUCGUUUGGUAAUCCGAUACAUGUUUUUUGGUUCUAUUAAAGCCUAUACUUCUAAGAUCACCACCAGCAUUGAAUUUGGCAUUACCAAGGUGAAGUUGCAGAUAAACACAACACACCAUCUGGUUAAAAAAGCCUAUAGUAAAUUACUGUGAUGAUUGUGGUUAUUAUGUGUGUGUAUAUAUAUUGGUGUUUCGACUUGUUAUACAAAGGCGAAGGAAGGUGAAGUUGGUUGAUGAUGCACAUUGAGACGAUGCCAAUUGAGUCCAUGUGCUGCAAAUUGGUUUUUGAUUGUGUGGAAGUCUCUUGCUUCCUGUAAAAUUAUUAUUGUUGUAAUUGUUUUCCCUCGUAGAUUCAUGGGGAGAGAGCUAUUUAGUUUCUUUUUUCUCCUUAUAAGAAACAUUCCAUUGUAAUAAAUGUUAUGUUAUUAUCCUUUUAA